AUGGCUGCAUCGCUCCCACACCCAAAGAUCGUCAAGAAGCACACCAAGAAGUUCAAGAGACACCACUCUGACAGAUAUGACAGAGUGGCCGAGAACUGGAGAAAACAGAAGGGUAUUGACUCUUGUGUCAGAAGAAGAUUCAGAGGUACUAUCCGUGAGCCAAAGAUCGGUUACGGAUCCAACAAGAAGACCAGACACAUGAUGCCAUCCGGCCACAAGGCAUUCCUUGUUAAGAACGUGAAAGACUUGGAGCCUUUGCUUUUGCACACCAAGACCUACGCUGCUGAGAUUGCCCACAAUGUUUCUGCUAAGAACAGAGUUGCCAUCCUUGCUCGUGCCAAGGCUAUUGGUGUGAAGGUGACCAACCCUAAGGGCCGUUUGAGUCUUGAGGCAUGA